CUGUCACCCUACCCUGAGUUUUGUCUCUGAUAGCUUGAUAAAAAUACAUACCGCAUACCACAUACAUAAUCGUUUUACGUGUAAUCCUAUACCUAAGAUGCGUGUUUUUCGCUAGAAACAUUAAUAUAAGUCGUAAGUGAUUUCUAAACUUUUCAAUGCCAUUAUCCGUACGGCAACGAACUAUUAUUAAUAAAAAUGGCGCUAAAAGAACCGCUAGUUUUAAAGGAAAGAGAUCGUCAAAAGUCAGUGAGGGAGAUGUACUAGUUGUGAAUGCUCCCUCAGAUCUGAGGAGUAUUGCAUAUCCGGGAGGAGCUGUGGUUUUAGUAUUGUUACUCACCGCUCGUUUACUAUCAUCUUAUUAUGGCCAUAUCGCAGACUGUGAUGAAACAUACAAUUAUUGGGAACCUUUGCACUAUCUUGUUUAUGGGAAUGGAUUGCAGACAUGGGAGUACAGUCCAGCCUUUGCUAUCAGAUCAUACAUGCCAUUGUGGUUAUUUGCCAUACCUGCAAAGAUACUAGCUGUAUUUAUGAGUCCUGUAAGCAUAUUUUAUGUGUUAAGAGCACUACUUGCUAGCUUGAGUGCCAUUGCAGAGCUGAUGUUUUAUAAAGCAAUAUGUCACGAAUACGGAGUCCAUGUGGGCCGGGUGUGGCUGGGGCUCACGCUGCCGGCGGCGGGCUGCUUCGCCAGCAGCGCCGCCAUGCUGCCGUCCGCCUGGAGCUCCGCGCUCACGGCGGUUGCGCUCGCGAGCUGGUGGCGGCGCCGGUACCCUGCCGCCGUCAUCUUCACGGCUGCUACUGCCUUACUGAGUUGGCCCUUUACAGCUUUAAUUGGAGUGCCUAUCGCUAUAGACAUGAUUUUUAUGAAACAACAAUUUGUAGCAUUCUUCAAGUGGUCAGUCAUAUCACUUGUCACAAUUUUGUUACCCAUGGUAAUAGUGGACUCCUGGCAGUAUGGGCGGCUAGUGAUAGCGCCAUGGAAUAUAGUAGCUUACAAUAUAUUUACCGAACAUGGACCAGAUUUAUACGGAGUUGAGCCUUGGACAUACUAUUUUGUGAAUGGAUUUCUUAAUUUCAAUAUUGUAUGGAUACUUGCUUUAUCGAGUCCACUGCUGUUGUUGGCGUGCACCGCCAUCUCGGCUCGUUCGACGGCGCGGGCCCCCUUCUGCUCCCCGUACUGGCUCGGGCUGAUGCCACUCGCGCUGUGGCUUAUAGUGUUCAUGUUACAGCCACACAAGGAGGAAAGAUUUUUGUACCCAGUCUACAAUAUGAUUGUGCUCGCCGGAGCUAUUGGUGUGGAUUGUUUGCAAAAGAUGACAUUUGCGGUCGGCACUGAACUGUUUAGAUGGCGGAGAAUGAGAGAAAAACGUCACUACCUCGUGUAUACCGGUGCACUCAUGGCAAUAUCUGUUUCCGUAGCCGGGAUUGUGAGUGUUUCACGGAUAACGGCGCUUUACAAUAACUACAACGCACCGAUGAACAUUCUGUAUCACCUGCCGGUCACGAAUGACACAAAUUUAUACCAAAACAAAUAUGUAUGUUUUGGUAAAGACUGGUACCGAUCGCCAUCUAGCUUCCACCUGCCUCCUGAGUACCGGAUUCGUUUCGUAGCCAGCGAGUUUAAUGGACAGCUACCUGCACCUUAUUCUUCGUCGCAUAAUGCCACCCGUCUCGUUCAGCCACAUUUUAAUGAUUUGAAUAAAGGUGACAACCGCACAUACCUCAGACCUACGGAAUGCCAUUAUUUGGUUGAUACGGACAUUGGACAGCCCACUGCUAUACAACCAGCAUAUCACCGAAACUCAACGGCCUGGGAAAUAGUCGCAAGCCUACCUAUAUUAGAUGCUGAGAGAUCUCAUACAAUUUUUAGGGCAUUUUAUGUGCCGUUUCUAUCGAAUAAACAUAAUGUUUACUCGUCAUUAUACUUGUUAAAAAACAAGAUUAUUGAUAGUUUGACGUGAAACUAGUCUUAAUUUUUAAGUUAUUUUAGUUAUAAUUUUAAAUAUUAAGGACCGUACGGUUAAUUAUGGGUAAGUAAUAAAAAUUAUAUACUUUUAAAACUCUCAAUAACGAACAUUUCUGUAAUUAUUAGGUAUUGUCAAUAUUAUCCUUUACUACCUAGUUUUUCGCACUUCGCUCUGUAGUCUUCGUUUAGCUAGAUCAUGAGGGUUAGACAAUGCUGUUUAUUUUUAUUGAUCGAUUGAUUUUAAAUCAAAUCAAAUGCAUUGAUUUUUUUACUCAUAACAUUUUUAUAUAAUUUCCAGGCUUUCAAGUAUUUUACGGUAGGAGACUGCUGAGAUGUGUAAUAUAAAAUAGGUAAUUAACAAUACGGUCCUUUAAUUAUUUACUAGUGAACAUAAAAUGGAACUGGUUUAUGUUCCUUCGGCGCUUCACAAAAUAUCUAUUCACUAACAGGAAAAAAUAAUGAUGCUGGCAUUUUUGUACUUAUGAAAGCUACUUUUUGAAUCAUGAAAUAAAAAAUAAUGAAAUACUUAAUGAUUCUAUGAAAAUAAUUUAAUUUUCACUAAACCAACUGGUAAAGGUUCUCUUGGUUAUCGAAAACGGAUAGCAAAAUUGCA